UGUAUGAAGAGCAGGUAAGAUUUUUCUCACAGCAAUCCUCCAGGGCUUAUAUUACUUUAAAAGCAUUUCACGUUGAGGAUGGCAAACCGAUUGACUGUGAAAUUGAACUCCAGUCAACCAGAUUUUCUGCAGUUCAACAACCUGGCUUGUGAGACGACAGGAGCAAAGGUUAUUUUUGCAACUGAUGAGUGGUUUGCUCCAGCUAGAAAUCUCUUAAAGAGGGGGUCUCCAGAGUUCCUACCCUCAGCGUUUACAGAGUUUGGAAAAUGGAUGGAUGGUUGGGAAACCAGAAGAAAAAGAAUACCAGGUCACGACUGGUGCAUUGUGCAGUUGGGAGUUCCUGGUGUCAUUCAUGGCUUUGAUGUGGACACGUCGUUCUUCACAGGGAACUACGCCCCUGCCAUUUCCAUUCAGGCUGCCUGUCUCGAUGGACUAUCUUUGCCAUCAUUAGCUCUUGAGGGAGAUCGUACAGGGAUGGCUGCUUCAGAGAGCCAGUUUGAUGCUGUAGCAAAGCUUCACUCAGAAAACUGGAAGGAACUUGUGCCAGUGACCGAACUGAAACCUGGAUACUCAGAUUCAUGCCAUAACUUCUUCAGCAUCACCUUGCCACAGAGGGUUACCCACAUUCGGCUGAACGUGUAUCCUGAUGGAGGUAUUGCAAGACUGCAAGUGUAUGGGGUUGGACAAAGGGACUGGUCCAACUCAGCCAGCCUCAGUGAAGUGGAUCUGGUUGCUCUGGUCAAUGGUGGAGUUUGUGUGGGCUACAGCGACGCACAUUUCGGUCAUCCACGUAACAUGAUCGGUUUGGGAAGGGCUGACAGCAUGGCUGAUGGGUGGGAGACAGCACGACGCCUGGACCGACCCAAAGUGUUAAAAGCAGAUGAGAAGGGCAUCUUGCAGGUGCCUGGAUUUGAAUGGGCCAUCUUCAGACUCGGCCACCCUGGUGUGAUUAGAAAAAUUGAAAUAGACACCAAUCAUUUCAAAGGCAAUUUUCCUGACUGGUGUAGAAUUGAGGCCUGUAGUUUAACCCCAGAGGAGGAAAAGAUCUUUUCAAACCACAGAUGGUUCAGUGAUAAAGCUCCCAAGUGGAGGAUGCUUCUCCCUCCUCAGAAGUUAAAGCCUCACUAUAGACACCUCUAUGCUGGAGACAGUGUUCUGCAGUGUGGGAGUGUAAGUCAUGUUCGGCUCAUCAUUGCUCCUGAUGGAGGAGUCAGCAGGCUCAGACUGUGGGGUCAACCCAUCGCAAACAACUCAACUGAGCCUAAUAUAACCUCAAAACUGUGACCUCAUCACAGUACGGCAUCAGAAUUGUAGAGCUAUAGAAGUGCAACUCUAUUUACAGCAAUUGAUGGCAAGAUGGUUCUAUUAUCUAGUAUUGGAUGAAAUCUAUUGAGUUUGUAAUUUAGUCUUGAAGGCUGAUGAAGCUCUUUGAUCAGAAAAUAUUUGAUUCAGAAGCCUUUAUGCAUAUUAUUAUGCGCUACUAUUAUUCAUGAGCACCCUGACUAAAUGUUUAUGGAUCUAUUGAUUUGAUUAAUAAGAGUUAAAAAGGUUUUUAACAUGUACUGUUCAGCAUUCACAAUAUUCUAUUAAAAUAAUGUCUGUAAACAAUUUCUCUGCUGUAGCUUUAUUAAAGUUUAUAAUAUUUUGAGCAUAUCUGAA